CUCCGACCACCACCACCAUUACUCCACCUCUCUCCUCCGAUCUCUUAUCUCUUUCUCUCAUUGACUCUGAUCACCUCAUAUCCCUCACAAUGAACCCCUCUCGCCCGCUGCAGCGAGUGAGCCGCAUAUUCAGCCGCCCAUCGGCCAUCCCGGCCCUGUCGCGGAGCUUCACCAGCUCCAUCCCGUCGCUAUCAUCGUCAUCAAUUGCCCGACCUACGCGUGGAUGGACGCCUACACCGUUUGUCACAGAGACAGUAGGCGGCGGUUGGCACACAUAUGACAUCUUCUCCCGCCUCCUGAAAGAGCGCAUCAUCUGCCUCAACGGCGAAGUCGACGAAACCAUGUCGGCGUCUAUCGUGGCGCAACUAUUGUUUCUCGAAGCCGAUAACCCUCAGAAGCCGAUCCACCUAUACAUUAACUCGCCAGGAGGGUCUGUUACAGCUGGCCUAGCAAUCUAUGACACAAUGAGCUAUAUCGCCAGUCCCGUCUCCACCAUCUGCGUCGGCCAAGCGGCCUCAAUGGGCUCCCUACUGCUCUGCGGCGGCCACCCGGGGAAACGCUACUGUCUCCCGCACUCGUCGAUCAUGAUCCACCAGCCCUCGGGCGGCUACUUCGGACAGGCCAGCGACAUCGCCAUCCACGCCAAGGAGAUCCUGCGCGUGCGCAGCCAGCUCAACCGCAUCUACCAGCGCCAUCUGACGGGCAAAAAAGUGCUGUCGCUGGAUGAGAUCGAGAAGCUGAUGGAGCGGGAUUACUUUAUGGGGGCGGCAGAGGCGCUGGAGAUGGGGAUUGUGGAUGAGAUUUUGGAUCGGAGGGUGGGAAGUGGUGGUGGUGGUGGUGGUGAGAAGGGGGAGGGGAGUAGUGGUGAGGAGUAGAGAUACAGAGGGGAGAAACCGUAAAAUACCCUUUUUGUUGUUCUUUUGUUGUUGUAGCUGUAUGUGAUGAUGAUCAUCAUCUUAUGAUUGAUGAAACCAUGGGAAACGCUCCACUCCCAUCUUCUACUUAAAUAUACACAUUCUUU